AUAUAUACCUGAAAAGCUACUGGUACUAUUAAUCAUAUCGUUGCGAAAAGAAUGUCCAAUAAUACAAAUUUGUAAUACACGCAUAUUUAAUUAUACAAAUCUAUUCGUUUUUCCAAAUACACAACUUUAUUAUUAAUUUGAUUAGAUACUUUAGCAGCUUAGAUCGAUGUAGGUUCAGGUCCAUGCUAAAGUAAUAAGUACAAUCUGAUUAGACACUCGAUAAUCUUAACAGUUCAAAACAGAUACAUAUUUCGAUAUUUGAAGUUUUGGAAUGACGAAAUUUCAUAUAUGGUGGACAUUAUGUUAUGUAUGAAGUGCUAAUAAUAAAUCUCUAAAGUUCUAAAUGAACACCGAUUUUUAAAACUAGUAAUAAAAGUAAUGCACGACUACCGUUUGUAAAUAAUUACAGGAAUUGGAAAUAUAAUAACUUCAGAAUAUACAGAUGUUUGUACUUAUAACAUUUUUCCAAUUAGUGAGAUGCGAUGUAUUACAGGAAUGAAGAACUUUUGACUAAAAAAUGAUGUCGUUCCCCUAAACUGUUACUUUUUAAAUUCUCUUCCAAAAAGUGCUUUAAUUCAAAAACAAUAUGUACAUAAAAAGUUUUAAAUAACGGUCAGAUAAUUUGACUUAGUAAUUGAUAAGAAAAAGAUAAAGAUCUAUAUACGUAGAUCGUCCAAUCGAUAAUCACUUGUUUACUUAAUGUCGAACUAAAAUCUGCUACGAGUGUUUGAUUGUUUAAAAGAAAAAAAAAGAACUGGUUUGCAUAGUUAGACAGAUUGCCAUAAAGAAGACCGUGAAAGAAUAAUAAUACGUAAAGAAAAUUAAUUUAUAUCGUCGUGACGAGGUAUCACCGAAUCAGCACUUCGUUGUAAUCAAUUAACCCUGAUGGUUUAACGUCGAGGUACACGAGAGACGAGCCUCGUCCCUGAGAACGUACCGUGCUACCCCCGAGUGUUUGUCCCGUCCUCGAAGACUCCGCCUUUUGGCACGGGAUUCAGAGGAAGAGGAUGUAGUUAGCAUCUUGUGAACGCAAGUUAGCCUAGCGUGGGUGUCCGCGUAGGAGGAUCUUUGAGAAACCCCUCCUUCCUCGUGGAAACUUUCCCUACCUCCCGAUCCUCCUCUCCACGUUUCUCGAUCGGUUUUACCUCAGAGAGAGGAAACCGGCAGAAAGGAGAGGAGGAGAUUCCUGUAAAAAGAGAGAGGGCAUAGAUCGGAGAGUGAUGUCUCGAUGAUAAGCCACGAGGUGUAGUCGACUCGGGGGAGUUCUUUCUGAUUCAUCCGAUGCCGCGUUCGCGCCACGGCUUUAAGCCUUGUCAGCGUUCGGAUCUCGAGGUGAAGACAAGUCCUGUUGACGAGAGGUGUGAGAGCCCGUCGACGAUGUCGAGCAACCUCUGAUAUUCGCUCAGGAUCUCGAAUCUCGCUGAUUGCCUCAAAACGCUUAAUGAGCGGUUACGAAAGAUAAGCAUUCUACGAAUCUCGUUCACCGAUUCCUUUUUUUCCUUCUAUGUUCCGACGUCGACAAACGGUAUCCCCAUCUGCACGUGUCGUCCGAUUGUUUUAUACGUAUCUGUUGCUCGACCAAGGAAAACACUGCAAACAAAAGUAAAAGAAAUUCUAUAAGUGCUUAUACGUGUUGUGACAGUUUCGUUACUUAUUAUGGGAACACUGGGUGAUUGUGUUUAAAUUGUGCAAUUAACAUUCGUCAAAACAUUAUGUAAUUAAAGGAAAGAUUCUUUGCAAUUAUAAGUGAAACCCGUAGUGUCAUAGUUCGAUAGUUUUGAUAAAACAAAAAGUAAAUCUACGCAUAAAACUUCGAGGGAACUAUCCUGUUGAUGAAACUUAAGAAUCGGUAAAAAUGCAACAGCAACAUGAUCAACGACACGAUAUUACCGCCGAUUGUUGUUAUCAGCAAUGGGCUUCUCAUCAUCAGAGUCAUCAUGCUCAACCUAUAACGAAUGUACCGUCCCCAAUGCAACAAAUGGAAGCAUGUUUGCAAUCAGCGGGAAGAGUGAAACGAUCCCGCAGCCCAACUUCAUCGAAGGCAUCCCUGACUCCGCACGUCACGAAUUCAUCGAUUUCUUCAUCGACUGCUGUCCAAUCCCGUAAUGAUAGCAACAAUAACAAUCAUAAUCACAGCGAUCAUCAUCCAAGCGAGAAUGGCGCAAAUUCGACGGAAGAAGCUAGCUCGAAGAGGCCUCUUCAUCCCGCUCUCGUUGGUGCUGGAGCUGCAUUAGAGGCGAAGCCCCUUUGGGAAGAAUUUCAUCAAUUGGGAACGGAAAUGAUAGUCACUAAAGCUGGAAGAAGAAUGUUUCCUACUUUUCAGUGUCGAUUUUUCGGUUUGGACCCCACUACCGACUACCUUCUAGUGAUGGAUUUCGUACCCUGCGAUGACAAGAGGUACAGAUACGCUUUUCACAGUAGCGCCUGGGUAGUUGCUGGUCGUGCGGAUCCAGUCUCGCCCCCCCGGAUUCACGUACAUCCUGACAGUCCUGCUAGUGGAGCUCACUGGAUGAAGCAGCCAGUCUCCUUCGACAAACUGAAACUGACUAACAAUCAACUCGACGACAACGGACAUAUAAUCCUGAACUCGAUGCACAGAUAUCAGCCACGAUGCCACGUAGUGGUUGCACCAUCGCCGCCGGGUUCCGCUCCCGAUCCUCGUACGGAGAAUUUCAAAACUUUCACCUUUCCGGAAACGCGAUUCACUGCGGUCACAGCUUAUCAAAAUCAUCGUAUCACGCAACUUAAAAUUGCUAGCAAUCCGUUUGCGAAAGGUUUUCGUGACUGUGAAUCGGAUGAGUGUGACUCUGUCGCGGUUUCAAGCAUGCAGAAUCCUGCAAAGAGACCUGCAACAGGAAGUGCCAGCGUUUUGACAUCCAACUACGUAAACACGAUACCCACCGUGCAAAUUCCAAGCAUAUCGAGCCAAGAACAUCAUCAAUUUUACGGUGCUACCGCAGCAGGACCUUGGACUUAUCCUGGACACCAUGGACAACCAACUGCACACAUGAAUUCGGUCCACUAUCCUGCGCAUCCUCAUCAUCCCCAUACUGGACCCUCAUUGUAUGGACCACGGUCCGUAGCGGACUGGUCGAGAAAGAAAGUGCCUUUUGUAGGAGCAAAGUGCAUCUAUUUAUACAGGGUGUCUGAAAUGCCAAACGAGCCUAAAACGCUCUCGAGCCAAGACGGGAAAGUAAACGCACCGUGACAACCCAUGAGAGAGCUUGGCUACUAAGUGCCUUAAUAAAUUAUUCUCCAAGUAUCGUGUACCAUUGUGUUUCGAAACUUUCUUGCCUUCUUAUGUUACACAACGUAUUCGAAAAAAUGAAAACUCUAUAAAGUAAACGAGAAUCUAAAGCCAA